AGUGCUCAAAUUUUCGAUUGCAUAUUCGAUCACUUUCGUGGUGCUAUUGCAUUUAUUCGAGUCACCGAUGGUAGCGUACAAAGGGGUCAGAAAAUUCGAUCUUUCCACCAUGGCAGAGAGUAUGAGGUCUCCGAGGUUGGAAUGAGUAGCUUUAUUGUCUAUCACCUUUACCGAAUGCCCUUGAAGGUGGGAGUAAUGCGACCCGAUAUGACACCAUGCUCAUCCUUGAACGCUGGUCAAGUGGGAUAUGUAAUCUGCAGCAUGAAAACAGUCAAUGAAGCUACUAUCGGCGAGACUUUGUAUGCUGCAGAAAUCUCGGAUAGAGUAGAGCCAUUCCCUGGUUUCAAACCUAUCAAACCGACUGUCUAUGCUGGGUUAUUCCCAGUUGAAGCCUCUGAAUAUGAAGAGCUGAAGCAGGCAGUCGAGCGACUAAGCUUGAACGACCCCUCUGUUGUGAUAAUGCCAGACUCGAGUCCAGCUCUUGGACUAGGAUGGAAGGUAGGAUUUCUUGGGGUACUGCACAUGGAAGUAUUUGGUGCCCGCCUAGAUCAAGAAUAUGGAGCCAGUGUUAUAUUAUCACAACCUUCUGUGGAGUACAAAGCAGUCGUCAAGGAUAACGAGACGAUUCGUAAGAAGAGAUUCGGAGGGAAAGGUGAAAUCAGCAUCUUGGACGCAAGCAAAUUCCCAGAAGAAGCGGAUAUCGAGAAGUUUUUGGAACCAGUAGUGAAGGUUCGUAUGAUUGUCCCCUCCGAAAUGAUGGGUGCAGUCAAUGGCUUGUGCUCCGAAUGUCGUGGAGAGCGUGGCGAAAUCAGCUCCAUCGACGAAGAUAGGCUAAUGAUUAUUUGGAGGUUACCGCUCGCUGAAGUUGUUGUUGACUUCUUCGAACGCCUCAAAAGGCUCACUUCUGGUUACGCUUCCUUCGACUACGAGCAAGAUGGCUAUAUAGAAACCAAGCUUAUCAAGCUAACUAUCACAAUCAACGGAAGGGAGGUACCAGAAUUUUCUCAAAUCAUCCCCGCAGCUAUGGCCAGAGAACGUGCGAAAUUGCUCGUACAACGAUUGAAGAGGGAAAUACCUCGGCAGCAGUAUGAAGUGACCAUAAAA